CCCCAGGUUUCGGUCUGCCGCCUGGUUAUUUAUUUAUUUCCUGGUCGUUUUGUGGAUAUAUUUUUAUAUAUCCAUCAUUUUCCUCGGUUGUUGAAUGACAGUCGGCUCUGACACAUAUAUGCCUAAAAGCAAAACGCCAAAAAUGGAUGACCUGGACUACAUCCCAGCAGACCUUAGCCCUGAGGAGCGCUCCGAGCUGGAGGAUAUUCGCCGCAGGAAGGGUGCGUUGCUGCAGGAGAUCCAGAGGCUGCGCGAGGAGCUGCGGGAGGCCAUCAUUGAGGUGGAGGGGCUGGAGGCCAGCACGGAGGGCAGCAAAACACUACAGAAGAGUCGGCAUGUGGCGAUGGGUCGGAAGAAGUUCAACAUGGACCCCAAGAAAGGCAUUGUGUUCCUCGUGGAGAAUGAGCUGCUAAGACACACACAAGAAGACAUUGCUCAGUUCCUGUACAAAGGCGAAGGCUUGAACAAAACUGCCAUCGGAGACUACCUGGGUGAAAGAGAUGACUUCAACAUUAAAGUCCUGCAGGCGUUUGUUGAUCUCCACGAGUUCACUGACCUCAACCUGGUCCAGGCUCUCAGACAGUUCCUGUGGAGUUUCCGGUUGCCAGGCGAGGCUCAGAAGAUUGACAGGAUGAUGGAGGCCUUCGCUCAGAGAUACUGUCACUGCAACCCGGGAGUGUUCCAAAGCACAGACACCUGCUACGUGCUGUCGUUCGCCAUCAUCAUGCUGAACACCAGCCUGCACAACCCCAACGUGCGCGACAAGCCCGGCGUCGAGCGCUUCAUCUCCAUGAACCGCGGCAUCAACGAGGGUGGAGACCUGCCCGAGGACCUGCUAAGGAACCUGUACGAGAGCAUCAAGAACGAGCCGUUCAAGAUCCCCGAGGACGAUGGCAACGACCUGACGCACACCUUCUUCAACCCCGACAGAGAGGGCUGGCUCCUCAAACUGGGUGGACGAGUGAAGACCUGGAAGAGACGAUGGUUCAUCCUGACCGAUAACUGCCUCUAUUACUUUGAGUACACAACGGACAAGGAGCCCAGAGGCAUCAUCCCCCUGGAGAACCUGAGUAUUCGGGAAGUGGAGGACCCCAGAAAACCUAACUGUUUCGAGCUGUACAUCCCCAACAACCGGGGCCAGCUGAUCAAGGCGUGCAAGACUGAGGCGGACGGGCGAGUGGUGGAGGGGAAUCACAUGGUCUACCGGAUCUCCGCCCCCACGCCCGAGGAGAAGGACGAGUGGAUACACGCCAUCAACUCUGCUGUGAGUGUGGACCCUUUCUAUGAGAUGCUAGCUGCCAGGAAGAAGCGCAUCUCUUUAAAGAAAAAAGAAGAGCAGCCGUAAAGCCCCCCCCCUCCCAUCCCAUCCCAGCACACUCUAAAAGACUCCAUCCAUUCCACCCACCCACCCAUCUCUGCUCCGCCCAUGUCACCCUGACGACUUCUCCUUCCUGUCCGUCAAGCAUGGAGAGUCUGGAGGGAGCCGGGUCAGGGGAUCAGCCCUUCGCACGACCUCUGUGCUUCCUGAAGGUCACACACACAAACACACACACACACACACACACACACACACACCCAGACCACUGCUGAUUCGGAACUGCACUCGAUAUCAUUCGGCUCCGUUUUCAGCUGCUGUUUGGGGACUUGUCUCAUUCCAUACUCACCCACCCGUUUCCACCACUACGUCGUCAGUGUGACGAUUGCUGCUUGGACUCGAGCCUUUCUCCUGCUAAUUCAGCAUUAACCUAAACAUACUACAGCCCUCCAUAUCCUAUACAACCUAUACCCUCACUCACUAUACUUCACAAGAUCAUAUAUGCUACUGCUUCACAUACACUACAUUCAUAAGCUACACUUACACGUGGCGAUCACCUCCAGUCACUAUCUGAGAUGGCCUCUGACAAACACUACUGUCUCCUUUUUACUGCAUAGCACUGUCUAUUUAUUGCAGGAGUAGCAACUUCCACUCACACUACGCUCAUUUCCUGUUAAUCUGACUGCUGUAUCUUUCUUUGCCUGUCUUAAGCUUACUAUGUCCCUCCUGGCAUUAACGAUGCUCCGCAAGCUUUAUGGUCGUAGAAGGGGGACCAGGGGACAUCAGAAAGGCUUUUACGAUGCUGGACUUGGUCUGGACGUGGUCAGUGACUAAAAAUUCAGCCAGGGUGGGGCAGUAGUCCAAAUGCCUCCCCUGUGAAGCCAGAGUUUAAUUUGGGAGUCUCUACAAAUAAAUUUAAAGGGGGUUUUCGGUUGGUAUCUGGGCUGUAAAUGGCAGUUUGUUUCCAUUGUAGCCCAGAAUAGAGCAAGGGGGAGGGAAUGCAAACUGCCAAAAACAUCUUAGUCUGCGUAGGAUCAAACGGCAUUCCAGUGACCUCACUUCCUGUUUGAAAUAACAGGAAAUCAGCAGCGGUGCGGUGCGAUAGCGAUACGAUGACAACUCUUUGAAUAGACAUUUUUCCGUGAGUGCGGUAGGCAGAAAAACAAAAGGAGGCACCCUGUGCCCCCUCCUUCCCUCCCUCCCAGCCAACCAGAAACGGAACACAAACAGAACGCGGAACACAGAACACUGGCCCGUUUAGUCAUGGUCCAGUUAAGGGAAGUCCAUGGUGGAACUCGGUUAACCCUGAACCAGCCGUGUCCCCCCCCCCCCCCCCCCCCCACCACCAACUGAACAAAGCUGAUUCUGAUCCUUCCUCUGGUCCUGCUGUCUGUCCCCUAGACUGAGCCGCACCCGGGCCAGCUAAGCGCCAGAGGCGGCCCAGACCUUGCUUCUCUCUUGGCACCUGGUCUCCCUACUAACCCUACACACAUUUGAGUUUAACCCUCAAAAGUCCGUCCAGACAAUACAUUGGGGGGCUGGAAGACGUAUCAGUGGCAGCUUCUUUAUUGUUUUGUUUUGUUGACCUUAUGUUGUACAUAGACUUUUUAGAAUGUUUUAUUUUACAUCAUAGAGAGGUUUAAUUUAUUGUUUUAUUUGUUGUUUUUUAUAUUUAUAUAUAAAAUGAGUUAGGGAUGCAUGUUUGAAGUAAAUCAAAGCAUCUUCCAUAGGGACAAGUUUUGUAUGUUAGUAAUGGGUAUUAUGUAGAAGAAGCAUUAGUGAUACGUGUUUUAAGUCAUUCAACAAAAAUUGGCUUUGACUUAUAAAAUUCUUUUGUAGUUCAAAAGUUAUAAGAAUGAACUUUUAAAAAUAAGGGGAAAAGUCCUCAUUGAAUUUUACUGACAAUUAUAUGUAGAAGAGCUCUUAUGAAGUUGUAAACACGAAUCACUAAUGGAUGUCUUUACUAUGAAACAAUAAUCAGUAAGAUGAAAUAAUGACAAUAACAGUAAUCAUACCUACGUCAAAGGACCGUGUCAUACAGUUUUGCUUGACAAAUUGUCUCCCCUUAAGUAUGACUGUUUGCAUUAGUGUAAUGUAUUUGGACUUAAAUUUAGAUGGAUUGGGACUUAAGAGUUAUGUUUACUGCACUUUAUGAGUUGUUACGUUCUGUUAGUAGAGGAUUAGAUUGCUAGCAUAAAGUUUUUACAGGCAUUGAAGUGCUGUCUGUAAAAUAGAAAUAGUGAGUCGUGCCUCUGGCUUCCUCUGCUGGGCUCUGAGAGGUACUGCAGGGCUCCAUUGGUGCAAGUUAUAUCACAGCCCUGCCAGCGAUAGCGAGCCUAGAGCCACACGUCCACUCAAACAACGUGGGUCUUAACCACGAUGUUUGCACUCAGUCUAAUAAGCUGUUGAGUGAAAUUCAACUUGUUUCUUAUGAUUCAUUCGGUAGUAUUCAGAUCUCGUGACCACAGGUGCUGACAGGUUACAAUUAUCUAUUAGGUCACACACUGAGUGCUUGUCACGCACAUUACAGAUUCAGAGAACUGAUUGGAGCUCGGACUCCGACCCGACACACGCAGAUAUGAAUUAACCUGGAUAUUCUUGAUGUGCAAAGUUGCCAAACUAGUGAAACCUUGCGAGCUGGCCAGCAGUUCUAUAGAAUAAUGUGAAAAAACGCAAAAGGAUUGUCCUCCCACCCGCCUUUCCCCUGACAGAUCUCUACUUUUUGAAGGUCUGCAUUGUUUUAGUUUUUUUUUCCUUUUUUUUUCUGUUCUCUAGAAAGGUAAAUGGUAGGUAAACAAUGCUUAAACGAUGUAGCAAAGUCUCGGUACACUGGUGCCAGUAAGUUAUUACAAAACAAUAAAACCUGAAGUGAAAUGCC